AAAUUUUUACUUUUUAUAUAAUUAAAAUAUUAAACAAUUCAAUUACAUUCUCUUACAUAUGUAUAAAUCUACGGAUACACACGUAUACAUGUGUACACGCAUGUGUAUAUACAUUACACAACCGAUGUUUAUAUAUGCUUCAAAAGCUUCUCCAUAUAAUUGUAGAGAGAGCCUUUGCCUUUUACAAACUCAUUUCUUUGAAACAACCCAAACAAAAAAAAAAACUUUUUUUUUUCUCCUCUUCUUUCUUCUUCAAGGAACCCUCCAAGAGAACAAACACAGAGAAACCUAAUAUCUUGUCUGGUCAUAACUUCACAAGUAGCUUUACCUUUGUCUUAAUGCUGGGUUCUUCUGUGUUCUCUUGUCUCUUUUUCUUCUUCUUCAUCUGAGACGAGAAACAUUGGAAAACCCAGAAACUGGAGGUUUCCAAGAACUGAUAUGAGAGCAUCUCAGAGUUCCAUUGUUUUUUAGAGGCAAAACCAUCUGAGACCAGUGCCAAGAAGAAGAAGAAGAAGAUGUCGGCGAAGCUUUUGUAUAACUUGUCAGAUGAGAACCCAAAUCUGAACAAACAGAUUGGAUGUAUGAAUGGGAUCUUUCAGGUGUUUUACCGGCAACAUUAUCCGGCGAGACGUGUUACCGUCGCUGGAGAUGAGCUCAAGUCUCUGCCUUCAGGCAAAACAAGUGACAAUGUCGGUGAUACCAACAUCUCAACGGAAAACAAGGAAACGGAGAAGAGCAGGAAGAAGAAGGCUGCAAAGGAGAAACAGAGGGUAGUCUCCUCUGAAUCGUCCUCGAGGCUGUCGUUUUCUUCUUCACCAUGCUCCUCAAGCUUCUCAUCUGCAGAUAUCAGCACCACAACUUCUCAGUUUGAACAGCCGAGUAAUGGUGAGAAUCCGGUAAGAGAACCAACCAACGGGUCGCCAAGGUGGGGUGGUUUGAUGAUGUCGACUGAUUUAAGGGAGCUUGUGAGGACCUCCAUUCACAAAGAGACGAGAACCAGAGACGACGAAGAAACAUUGACUCAGCAGCCUAAAUCAGCCAGAGCUAAUGUGCCUCUCCCUAAAGAAUCAUCACCAUCUCGGAACUCUAAUGAAUGGAGCCAGGGACGGAGAGUGGUGAAGCUGAAAGACAGUCCUCGCUUCUCUUAUGACGAGAGGGAGACGAGAAAAACAGGCGCCAAGUUGAAAGAGACGCCGAGGUUGUCGUUAGACAGUAGAUCGACUUCCUUUAGGAGCGCGAGAUCCAGUUGUUCACCGGAGCCGCGAGAGCUUGUAACGGGUCACAGAAGAACGACAUCGAGCGUUGUUGCCAAACUGAUGGGUCUUGAAGGCAUUCCAGACGAGCCUGUGACCGAUCAGAACAGGGAGAUCCAGAACCGCUUCUGUGACUCCCCAAGGCCAACUUUCCGACCGGAAGCAGAACUACAACGAUCAAGAAGCUCUGAUUCAGCCAAGAGGAUGAUGCCGUUUCCAAUGAAAGCAGCGCCAUGGUCGCAAGUAGAUGGUGCCAAGAACCAAGUCAAAGCAGCUGACGCUGCUGCUACGCUGACAGUUUAUGGUGAGAUACAGAAGCGGCUUUCGCAGCUUGAGUUCAACAAGUCUGAGAAAGAUCUCAGUGCUCUAAAGCAAAUACUCGAAGCAAUGGAGAAGACACAACAGUUGGUAAGCAAAGAUGAUGAUGACAACAACACUCUGCGUUCAACCAGUUUUAUGAAGCAAAUUCCACCAGCAACAACGAGCCCGUCCUCCAAGAAUUUCAGAUCUUCUUCUAUCGUGGUUAUGAAAGCAGCGGCGGCUCCUCCAGUAUUCAAAGAGACAGGUAGUUCUGGUUCUGCCUCUUUCUCGCCGCGGAGUGUUGCUUUACCAAAUGUUAAGGUCGGAAACCUGAGGCAACCGCAGAAAGUCGCUCCGAGGAAGCAGAGCGCCAUGGAUGUGACACCGAGGCCAGGAUUUUACAAGGGCCAGGCGGAUUCUGCAACGAAAAACACUAGCACCAGACUGUUACAAUCGAAAAGCGACAUGGCCAAGUCAGGGAAGAGCCAGAAGCCUAGUGUCAGCCCAAGAACGCCGCCAAAGAAGCUCGGGUUCGAGAAGCAGUCUCGACCAACAUCCCCAAAACCAGAACCAAACAAGAUUCAGAGACAACAACUCAGUAGGCAACAGACAGAGUCAGCCUCCCCGAGAAGAAAACCAGGAACAAAAACCCGCGGCCUGCAGCAAUCUGAAGACCGCUUAAGUGACGAAAGCAGUGACUUGAGAAGUCUAAGAUCUGACAGCAAUGUAAGCUUGGCCUCUAACGUGGACAUGGACGUUACAAGCAGAUAUAAAUAUGAGAGGAACAGCGACAUCGCGGAGCAGCACACUCCAAAACAAAGGAGUCCAGACUUGGGAAUGAGGUCGUUGCCAAAACCUCUGAAAGUUACUGUGGAGCAGCCCAGCCCAGUUUCAGUUCUUGAUGUAGCCUUCGACGAAGAUGAGUCACCUUCCCCUGUGAGGAAAAUAUCCAUUGCCUUUAAAGAGGAUCACCUAAGUUACGAAGAGUCCCAGUGGAUGAACAAGCACAGCAACUUAUGUAGAUCGAUUGUGUGGCCUGAGAGUAACGCAAGUCCGAAGCAGCCUGAUGACGAACUUAUCGAGGGUUCCAUGGAAGAAGAUGCGAAAUUCAAAAAUGGUGACCACAAGUACAUCUCAGAGAUACUGUCGGCCUCAGGGCUUCUAAGAGAUAUCGACUACAGCAUGAUGAGCAUUCAGCUGCACCAGGCACACCUACCAAUCAAUCCGACCCUUUUCUUUGUCCUGGAACAGAGCAAGACAAGCAAUGUGAGUCAACACGACAACAAACACAAAGGCAGAGGAUUCGGACAGCAACAGACGGCAAACCUGAUGGAGAGAAGCAGGAGGAAACUCGUAUUUGACACCAUCAACGAGAUCUUAGCUCGCAAAUUCGCGGCAGAAGGGUGUACGAAGCAGCCAUCCAUCGUAUCAUCGAUCAGCAGGCUAAGGACAACCGACAAAAGUUCAAGAGGGGAAGAACUUCUGGAAACUCUGUGUUCAGAGAUUGAUCGAUUACAAGAUAACUCAAAGUGUAUCUUGGAUGAAGACGAUGAAGACCUCAUUUGGGAGGACCUGCAAAGCCAAGGCAUGAACUGGAAGGAGAUUGAAGGAGAGACACCGGGGUUAGUGUUAGACAUUGAGAGGCUAAUCUUCAAGGACUUGAUUAGUGAAGUCGUGACAAGCGAGGCUGCAGGAAUGCUCAGUGGCAAACCCAGGCAGCUUUUCCAUUGCUAAUAUCCCCUAAUUAAUCAUCACUUUAGAAAUGUAAAUGAAGGAAUCUAAGUCAUCCAUUUUACAGAGUUGAGAGCACUUGGUUUCUUGGUUAUCUGAACUCUUUCUUAUGUUCUAUUCUUCCUUGUUUAUGUAAAGACUCAAUUCAAGAUAAAGCUCAAUAAUGCUGUAUCCAUUAAGAAGAAUAAUUCAACAAAUCUCAAUUAAUGUGAACAUCAACACCCUCUUCCAAUAAGUUCGAAUUACCAACUCCACUACUCUCACUAAAAACGGGGAUAUUGUAUCCCCAUUUGAAAUCAACCAGCAAAUGAUGCUAGAGAUCAAACACGAUUCUCUUUCUCCAGCAGUUUGAGUCAGUAAAAAAAUAUAUUUUCCCUAACAAGUCACGUAUUGAAUUGCAAACUAUCACUAAACUCAAGAUGCAAAGAAGAUAUUCCGUCUACAAUAUUCUAAAUGACAAAAUACCUAUUUUACAUCUGUGUCAAUACUUUCACGCUUAUCUUCGCGUUCUACCUUCUUCUCCAUCUUGUCUCCAUCCUCUUGAAACCAACCCUUUUCCUCUAGGCUCUGAUUUACUGCCCAACACAUAGAGGCCUUUCGUGUACCAAUCUUAAAACGAAGCAAAGCUCGUUGUGUUCUUGCCCCAUCUCCAUCCUCUGUUUCAGCUAAUCUGAUCAUAUCAGAUGGAGCAUAUGCCUCAGGCGGUGGAAUCUGAUGGCUCUUUUUCAUCUGUUUCUCAGGAACGUGGCUUAUGCUAACUUCUUCACUAGUACCCUCUGACGGGUGAAACACUUGUGGCACGUUCUUCUCUCCAACCCAAACUGGCGCAGCGAGAAACGGGUUACCUUCCGGUUCCUCUGCUGGUUUCUGAACACUAUCCUUAUCAUCCAUGGAUUUCUGAACUUUUAACCUAUCAACAUCGACAGACUGCUGCGUGCUCGCCAAAGACGGUCCGUUUUCUUUACUCUGCACAUCUCCUUCUAAGUUGUCAGCAUUAGUCUCCUCCUCGGGCCCGUUAGACAUCUUGGUUUCGGGAAAAGCAGGAAGCCAAACUGGAAUAUGCUCAUCCGGUGGUUCUGCUCCAAUCUCAGAGAAGCUAGGAGCUGGUCUUUUCCCUCUGUUGAAAGGGAAACGGGGAAGAGAGUAAACGAACGGAAUCUCCUCCGCUUCGGCUGUAUAACGAACAAUAUCCCUGACUACACCGGAAUCAGCUAGACAAUGGUCAACAUCAGGAGCACCAUCAAAUCCCAAUCCAGAUCCCAAAUCCUCGAGCGCCUGAACAAUGUCCAGAGCAUUACCUUCUGCUCUACCAGCCAUAUUAGCAUAGAACUGCGUCGUCUUGCCGAUGCUUUGAAUGUAUUGGAUCACUACGUCGGUUAGCGUCUCAAGAGCAGACUCCUGAAAAGAACUGAACCUCGCACCUUCGCGCGCCUGUGACUCCUGGUACGAGCUGAUCUCGACGCUCUCGCAUAUCUGCGCCACGGCCAUUCUAGCGAGUGCGUAGGCAAAAUCGUUGCCACGAAAAAGAUUUCUUUUCCCGUGUAACUCUCUCCGCUGACUUCCGCCCUCCCCUCCUCCAUUGGUCAUAUUCAACCUUUCUUACAACUUUGCACAGCUUAAAACGUAGAACCAUUCUUCAAUCAAACCCAAACGAAAAUGCGCAUUCCCUUGAAACCAAAAAUUCGUUUUUUUAAUUCACGAAUUCUUCUCUCGGUACCGAGAAGAAGAAGCCUUCCCCAUUGUUAAAACCCCGGAGCAGCAGAAUCAACGAGGAAGGAGGGUCAGACAAACUCGGAAUCCGGAGACAAAACCCUAGCGAAGGAGCCAAAUUGGGAGAAAUUUUUGGCUGACGGAGGUAUCCAAGAAACCUAAUCGAAGUCGAAAGGCGCCAAAUUCUAGGGCUACGAAUGCGAUUAAACCCAGCUUAAACCCCCCUCGAUCCAGAUAUUGAAAGUGUUGGAGAUUUUCGUCCCAACUUAUAAGCGGAAGAAACAGAGAUGAUUAAAGGAAAGAGGGAAUGAUAACUUCACGACCGAGCAGAUAGUGAUCCCGUCACAAAGCUC